UUCUCUGUCUUGAGCAACACUGACACAAAAUAUGGCUGCAGAGUUUCUUACUUUUGGUGCUGAGGGAAUUCUGACGAGGGUGGCUUCACUUGCAGAGCAAGAACUCAGUCUUCUCUGGGGAUUCAAAGGAGAGCUAAAAAGCCUGCGAGGCUCAUUAUCGAAGCUUCAAGCUAUGCUGCGAGAUGCUCAACAUUCACAAGUUCGGGGUGAGAGGGUGGAGAUGUGGGUGAAGGAUCUUGAAGACAUAGCUCAUGAAGCUGAUGAUGUGUUGGAUGAAUAUGAAUAUGAACUUCUCCGCCGGAAAGUGGAGAUCCAAAACCAGAUCAAGAAAAAGGUGCUCAACUUCUUUUCGCGCCAUAAUCCCAUCAAAUUUCGUCUCAAAAUGGCACAUAAAAUUCAAAACAUCAAUGCAUCUUUGGAAAAACUGAACAAUGAGACAGUUGGUAUUGGGCUGGUUGCUACUAGGUCCACGUUUGUCGAUGCAGCCUCUCAUGAUAUUGGAGGUCUUGAUAGGGAAACUGUCUCAAGCUUUGAUCAAGAUGAAAAGUACAUUGUUGGAAGGGAGGAGGUUGAGUCGGAGAUAGUUACAACCUUGAUCAACUCUGGUAAGAACCAAGAGAAUCGUCUUUCUGUUAUGGCCAUUGAGGGGAUGGGAGGCCUGGGGAAGACAUUUUUGGCUAAAUCCAUAUAUAAUAAUCCUGAGAUAGAUAGACACUUCGACCAAAAAAUAUGGGUAUGUGUAUCUACUCCUUUUAAAGUCAAGACGAUCUUAAGCGGGAUCUUGGAAUAUCUUAAACCAGAAAAAGCUGGAAUAAAGCGUAAAGCAGCAAUAUGUGAAAACCUGCAAGAAUAUUUGAAAGGGAAGACAUAUCUUCUCGUGCUUGACGAUGUUUGGAACGACGAUCCUAACAAAUGGGACGAUUUGAUGAAUUGCUUGUUGAAUGCUACAAGCACCAAAGCAAGCAAAAUCCUUGUCACUACCCGCAAUGUGACUGUUUCAUCAAUUGUACAAACACUUCCUACAUGUGUUUUGGGAAAACUAUCGGAGGAUGAAUGCUGGCGCAUAUUGAAGUAUAAAGCGUUUCCAGAUGCGAGUGCUGUUUUGACUGAAGAUCAAGAGAGAAUUGGAAGGGAGAUUGCCAAAAAGUGUGCAGGUGUACCAUUGGUGGCAAAGGUUUUGGGAAAUAUGAUGCGUUCCAAAGAUUUUGAUGGAUGGCUGUCAAUCCUAGAAAGUAGAAUAUGGGAUUUACCAGAAGGAGAAGAAAGAAUCUUGUCGGUUUUGAAGUUGAGUUUUGAUGAAUUGAAACCAUCAUCUUUGAAACAAUGUUUCGAAUAUUGCUCAAUGUUUGUCAAAGAUUUCCAAAUUCGAAAGGAUGACUUGAUCAACCUUUGGAUGGCUCAAGGAUUGCUUUACCCUUCUCCUCCCAACAGACGUAAUCUAAAGAUGGAGGAUAUAGGAAAUGAAUAUUUUAAUAUUCUAUUAAACAACAACUUCUUCCAAGAUGUUAUAAAGGAUGAUGAUGGUAGUAUUAUAAUGUGCAAGAUGCAUGACCUUGUGCAUGAUCUCGCAGAACAUGUGUCAAAACGGAAGAGCAAUAACUCCAAUGAGACUCGACACAUGACACAUAUUCCUACCUCAGUGUUGCAAGGAGUUCCAGAAAGAAGUGCUCAUAAAUUGCGCUCACUUUUCUUGGAUGUUAAAGGUCUUGGUGAUAUCUUAUUGAACUUUAGAGGUUUGCGUGUCUUAAAUUUAUAUAAAGCUGAUAUUGAGGAAUUGCCCAUUUCAAUUGGAAAGUUGAAACACUUGAGGUAUUUGGAUGUUUCCUAUACAAAGAUCAAGGCACUACCCAAAUCCAUUGGAAAGCUUUAUAAUCUACAAACACUAAGAAUGUAUGGGACUGAGCUCAAAGAGUAUCCAAAGGAACUGCAAAAUUUGAUAAACUUGAGACAUGUUUAUUUUUAUCAGGAUGAUAUGAAAUUUCCAGCUGGAAUGGGGCAAUUGACUAAUCUCCGAACAUUAAAUUUUUUUGUGGUGGGUAAGGAGACAGGUCGUGGAAUAGAGGAGUUGGCUGGCUUAAAAAUGUUAAAAGGCGAAUUAUCUAUCUAUAACCUAGAGCACGUGAGAGAUGGAGAAGAAGCCAAGAAAGCAAAAUUAGUGGAGAAGACAGACAUACGCCAGUUACAGUUUGCAUGGGAUCAUGACAGGUCAAGCAUCAUCAAUGAUGAAGAGGUACUAGAAGGCCUUCAACCACACCCUAGUAAACUGGAAGCUUUAUGGUUUUUCAACUUCAUGGGCGAUAAAUGUCCAUCAUGGAUCAUGAGUAGUUCGUUUCCUGCAUUGAAAAGGUUAAAUAUUUAUUAUGCUAAGAACCUAACUGAAUGGCCACAAGGUGAGAUAGUGGUGUUUCCUUGCCUCGAGGAGCUGCUUUUGACGGAUUGUGAUAAAUUGAGAAGUGCUCCCAGCCAUUUUCCAUCUCUCAAGAAGUUGGUCAUAAAUUCCAUGGGCAGCUGCAUGCCAAUAGCAAACAUAAGCAAUAAGCUGACCACUCUUACUUCGCUCACAAUAAGGAAGAUAAGUGGACUUGUUUCUCUGCCAGAAGGAAUGCUAAAAAACAACAAGAAUCUUGCAUACUUGGAGAUAGAAGAUUGUCAGGAGCUAACUCGUAUUGCUCCUAAUGUAGUUGGCUCUUGCGCAUUUCUCGAGUCAGUGCGUAUUUCCAAGUGUCCUAUUCUUGCUUAUUUGCCUGAUGGGCUACUCACAACAUCUCUUAAGAACCUUAUUGUACAAGAUUGCAAUAGUCUACAGUUGAUUCCAGUUACACACGGCCUCUCAUCCCUCUGCAAAUUAAAGAUUACACGCUGUCCGGAGUUGUCAAGUCUACCAAGUGGGUUAGAUUAUUGUACCUCUCUUCAAGAGUUGACAAUAUCGAAUUGUGAUAUGCUAACAUCCGCUUUGAUUCAUAGCCUCUCAUCCCUCCGAAAGUUGUCUAUAUUUGGUUGCAACAGGAGUCCAGAGUAUGUUCCAAGUUUACUCGACUUCACAUGCCUUCGUGAAUUGAGAAUCGAAGAUUCCCCUGGAUUGACUAGUCUGCCAGUAAGGCUGGAAUCCUCUUCUUCUCUUGAGGUGUUGAGAAUAAGCAAGUUGCCGAAUGUAGAAUCUAUUCCAAGUUUAGACAACCUCACAAGCCUCCAUGAAUUAAUGAUAUUUUCUUGCGAUGGAUUGAAAAGUCUACCCAGUGGAUUAGCAAUAACAUCAUGCCUCAUGGACUUGGAGACAUUGGAAAUCGGUUGCUUUUGGAAGGAGCUGGAUUCAUUCCCUGCUUUUCAGGUUACAUCACAACUUGACACAUUAUCGUUAUGGGGUUGGCCUAAGCUCAAGUCUCUGCCCGAACAAAUUCAACACUUCACUUCUCUAGCACGUCUUGAAGUGCGAUGCUUUGACGGAAUGGAGGCUCUUCCAGAGUGGUUGAGAAACCUUACAUCUCUUAAGCGCUUGGGUAUAUGUCAUUGCAAGAAUAUGAUGUAUCUACCUACACUCGAAGCUAUGCAAUGUCUCACCAAAUUAGAAUGCAUAUGGAUUUUGUAUUGUCCCCUUCUAAAAGAGAGAUGCAACAAGAAGAGCGGCUCAGAAUGGCCUAAGAUUUCUCAUAUUCCAUAUAUAGAGGUUGACCACGUGCGGUUGUAGCUGCCGGAUUCAAUAGUAUGAGAAAGUAUCAUCCUGAAAUGCGAAAUAGUUGAAAGUGGCGUGAAUUGUUGUUGAGAAAAUGAUCCUCAACUCAAGUCAGUGAGUGACUCUGCUUCUAAAGGUGUUGGUGUGGAGAGUUGAUUGAAGAA